UUUUCUUUGUGUCUAAUUUAUUUUUCUCUGAUUUAACGGAACUCUUAAUUAUUUUUGGCAUUCUGUUUUUAAUUAAAAUUUGAAAAGAUUUUUUUUGAGAAUAUUGGUUGAUUUUUUGUGAUUUUAAGAGAUCUAAUCAGUUUAAAUGUUAUUUAAAAGAAUUAUUUAUCUUUCUAAAUCACCUCUAAAAUUAAAUAAAUUCAAAAAUGCGUCAACUGCUGCAGUUCAAGAAGAAGCUAUACAACAAUCAAAGCAAAUAAUUAAACUUGAUAAAGAAAAUUCUUUCCCAACCCAUUUUGCUCCAAGUAGAGGAAUUGGACGUCCAAUUUAUUCAUUAAUUCCUGGCCCAAAAGGAGAACUUCUUGCUGAUUAUGUACUUUUUGAAGAAACAAUGAAAAGGCAGAGAGUUCCAUGGCUUUGUUAUAAUAAAAUGACUAGUGAAGAAAGAACUAUUUAUAUUAAACAUUUUAAGGCUAUUGAAGAGAGGAAAUUAUGGUUAGUUUUUUUAAUUAUUCCAAGUUGGAAUUUUUGGUUGGGGAAAAGAGGGACAACAGCUUGGGGUAAAACACUAACCGAUCAAAUUACUAUCUAG